UUCCCCUCUUUUCCUUCUAGAGGAGCAGCUGCAGAAUCUAAUUCCUACCAUCACUCUGUCCAGAAGCUCUUCAGGGCCAAUGAUGCAUCUUGUUGCCAGCAUCUUCCACGGUUGCCUGCACAGGGCUACAUUCUGCCUGUUAAUGCUGUGUGUCCUACUGUCAUGUUCAGCUCCCUCUCAAGCUUUUUAUAACGGAGCAGUGCGUCUGGCCAACGGGAACUCCCUCAAUGAAGGCCGUGUGGAAGUCUACUUUGAUGGCCAGUGGGGGACAGUAUGUGAUGACAACUGGGACAUCACUGACGCUUCCGUCGUCUGCCGCUCCCUGGGAUUUGAAAAGGCAGAAGAAGCAAAGACAAGCGCAGCAUACGGUGAAGGUUCAGGACCGAUUCUUCUAGAUGAUGUCAGUUGUGUUGGGACAGAGAUGCAUCUUGGGCAAUGUAGUUCUCCAGGCUGGUUGAACCAUAAUUGUGGACAUGGAGAGGAUGCAGGAGUGGUGUGCUACAACAAUCCUGACUUUAAUCCUGGAAAGUUUCUUCUGGAUCACUCAGGAAGUUUCUCUGAAGACCUUAGUAAAUUAUAUGACAGCCAGCAGGACUGUGACCUCAACAUUAUUGUGCUGGUGGCAGAAAACAACACAGAAUACAAGAGAUUGUGUGCACAUCGACUGAUUCUCCGUGCCAGCAGCGAGGCUAGCUUUCUGCUCCAAAAGGGUAAUGAUUCGUGGAUAUUGCAGGUGGAAGAGGAGUGCUUGCCAAAUGUGAACAACUUUCUCAGGUAUUUCUACACAAGGCAGCUGAACAUCACAGUGGAUUCAGUAAAGUGCUUCCACAAGCUGGCUUCAGUUUACCAUGUGCCCCGUUUGCGAGCUUACUGCACUCAGGUCUUCCCUGCCCUCAUUCCACUGGACCCCUCCUUUCGUGUUCAGCUGGAACUUUAUGAUUACAGCCUAGCCAGUGGAGAUGCCCAGUUGCAAGAUGUCAUCCUACAGUACCUAGCCUGGAAUUUUGAUGCCUUGACCCAUACUGAAGCCUGGAAGGCCCUGACCCCAGACAAGAUGGAGGCUCUCCUAUCCUGUACAGAACUUGUGACUGAGAGUGAAUGGUCACUUUUGAGAGCUCUGGACCACUGGGCUCAGAAUCAGACUAAUGUAACCAUGGAAGGCUUUGUAGAAAAUAUCCGUUUCCCCAUGCUCUUCCCAGAGCAGCUGUUUGAAUUUCAGUUCAGUCUGAAUCUUUAUAUGGAUUAUAAGAAUAUCUUCCAGAGAAAGAUUAUGGAGGCUUUUGAGUUCCACACAGUGCCGUUCAAAUCCCUAGAGCAGUACAAGCUCCAUGAACUCAGAGGGGUUCCAUACACCCCUCGCUUUUACACUGGAUUAUCUUGGAGCUGGCACCUGGACAACAUCUUGUUGACGCAGCAAUCUCUGUCCAGCGACUAUUCCACUGCCACCCCCUCCCUAUCGUUUAGAACGAUGAAGCACCCCAGCUUCCUUUUCAAGGACCAGAAUGUAUCGUGGUCCGUACAAAAGGGACCCACUGAUGGUUUCAGCUCCUCGGACAGUUUCCCUCUUUUCCAUCUCGAACAGAGAGAUUCUUCAGAUGACACCAUCCAGUAUGAAAACAAAGUGCUCGUCCUCUGCAAGGGAUUUUAUGUCACAAAUGUUCUUGACUUCAUAAAUGGCACAGCUGUGGUCCCCAAUGCUGACCCUGCUGCCUCCUUCCCUUGCCCAAGCAGCCAUUCUAGCUUUAUUGUAGUCAUACGUCCUAGUUACAAGCUGAAUGCCUAAAACACCAGGCCCCUCCUCACGGCUGAAAGGAAAAUCCCUGCAAAGAUGCAAAGUCAGGCACAUCUGGCGGUGUUUUUAAUGUUGAAUGCUUUAAUUUUGGGCUGCUUUAUUUUAAAUUGUUUUAAAAUUGUUUUAUGUAGCUUUGUAACCUGCCCUGAGAUCCUGUGAUAUUGGGCGAGCUAUAAAUGUUCAAAGACUUUAUUUUCAUUUCCUUUUAUAAUUUGUAUUGACAAAAUGCAUUGUAACAGUUUAAUAAAGCAAAAGGCAAACUAUAACUUAA